AUGAGCCCACUUGAUGCCAGUAAAGACUUUACGGUCGAUGGUAUAAAUGGAUUUAAUAAAAAGAAAAAGAAGAAGCGAAGACAUAGCAGGACUAUUUUCACUUCGUUUCAGUUGGACGAGCUGGAAAAGGCGUUCAAGGAAGCACAUUACCCAGACGUGUAUGCCAGAGAAAUGCUAUCGUUGAAGACUGAUUUACCAGAGGAUAGGAUACAGGGGUAA